AUGGCGUCGGACAGUGGCAAUGGCAAUGGUAACGGCCUACCACCUCCGGGCCCGAACCAAAAGACCCUGAACGUCUGGUCCAAACCCAUCGACGAGACCAAAAUCGGCGACGAUGAGCGCCCUACCAUCUCCAACGCCGUAGCGAUGAUCAAGCCCGACGACUUCAAGAACGUCGCCAGCACGCCCUGCGCCCGAAACGCACUCCUCACUGGUAUUGCCGGGGGCUUCGGUCUCGGUGGCGUGCGAUUUGUCUUUUCUGGUAAAAUUGGAAAAGCAGCGAAUUGGGCGGUCGGGACCUUUGUAUUUGCGAGCAUGGGACAAUACGAAUACUGCCAAUACCUGCGACGAUGCGAGAAGAGAGACAUGAAGAGAAACAUCGAAGUCAUCAACGAAAGCAAGAGGGAAAAGGCAAAGAAGUUAGUCGAGGAAAAGAAAGAGAAGGUAAAGGCAGAGCAAGAGAAGCUAAAAGAAUCGUCAAAAUCGUGGUGGCCCUCGAAAUGGUGGUGA